AUGGAGGUGGAGGAGGCGUUCCCGCUGGUGGGGCAGAUGGGGCCCUACCAGGUGUAUCUGUGCGUCUUGCUGGCUGUGCUUCUCCAGCUCUAUGUGGCCACUGAAGCCAUCCUCAUUGCAUUGGUGGGUGCAAUUCCUCCCUACCACUGGGAUCUCCAAGAGCUAUCAGCUAAUCAGAGCCAUAGCAACCAGUCAGUGACUGAGCAGAGAGCUCUCGGGGAAUGGCUUCUGACUGCCAAUGGCAGCGAGGUGCAUAAGCAUGUACACUUCAGCAGCAGCUUCACAUCAAUAGUCUCUGAGUGGUUUUUGAUUGGUAACACAUCAUACAAAGUCAGUGCUGCCAGUUCUUUUUACUUCAGUGGUGUGUUUGUUGGAGCAAUCUCAUUUGGCCAACUCUCAGAUCGCUUUGGGAGGAAGAAGGUCUAUCUCACAGGCUUUGCCCUUGACAUCUUGUUUGCCAUUGCAAAUGGAUUCUCACCCUCAUACGAAUUCUUUGCCAUCUCUCGCUUCUUGGUAGGGAUGAUGAAUGGUGGGAUGUCACUGGUGGCCUUUGUUCUACUGAAUGAGUGUGUGGGUACUGCCUACUGGGCAUUAGCAGGAUCUAUUGGUGGCUUGUUCUUUGCUGUGGGAAUUGCCCAGUACGCUUUACUAGGCUACUUCAUUCGUUCCUGGAGGAUGCUGGCUGUUGUGGUUAACCUGGAAGGAACAGUUGUCUUUCUUCUAUCUCUAUUCAUUCCAGAGUCCCCUCGCUGGCUCUAUUCACAAGGCCGUCUGAAUGAAGCAGAAGAUGCCCUCUACCUCAUUGCAAAGAGGAACCGCAAGCAGAAGUGCACUUUUUCAUUAAAACUCCCAGCAGAGAGGAGCUCCAGAGAGGCUGGAAGUUUCUUGGAUCUGUUCCGAUAUAAGAUUCUCCUGGGACGCACCUUGAUCAUGAUGUUUACCUGGUUUGUUUGCAGUUUGGUUUACUAUGGUCUUACCCUUAAUGUGGGUGACUUAGGUGGAAGUAUUUAUGCUAACUUAGCCCUUUCAGGGUUGAUAGAAAUCCCAGCAUAUCCAAUCUGUAUUUACUUGAUUAACCAAAAAUGGUUUGGUCGGAAGCGAACAUUGAGUGCAUUUCUGUUCCUGGGAGGAUUGGCUUGUCUUAUUGUCAUGUUUCUUCCUAAAAAAAAAGAUACUGGAGUGUUUGCAGUGGUGAAUAGUCGCUCUCUGUCUUUGCUGGGGAAACUGACAAUCAGUGCUGCAUUUAACAUUGUCUACAUCUACACAUCAGAACUUUAUCCCACAGUGAUCAGGAAUGUUGGAAUGGGUGCCUGCUCCAUGUUUUCCCGUGUUGGUGGAAUCAUUGCUCCUUUCGUCCCUUCAUUGAAGUCUGUACAGUGGUCUCUGCCUUACAUUGUGUUUGGAGCGACUGGUCUUUUGUCUGGGCUCUUAAGUUUAUUGUUGCCAGAGACCUUAAACAGCCCUUUGCUGGAAACUAUUUCAGACCUGCAGGUAUGCUCAUACUGGAGGCUGGGUGAUGAAGCCAUGUCAUUGCAAGCACUAGAUGGCUCACAGUCUGGAGACAAAGACAGCUCUGCAGGGAGUGGAAGUGAAGAUGAGGAGUUUUAUGAUGCUGAUGAAGAGACUCAUAUGAUCAAGUAAUGAAAA